AUGACAGGCCGCAAGGACUUCCUGAGCCAGCCAGCGCCCGAGAACUACGUCGCCGGUCUCGGUAGAGGCGCCACUGGAUUCACCACACGAUCAGAUCUCGGUCCCGCGCGAGAAGGCCCCAGCGAAGAGCAGAUCAAGGAAGCACUCGCGAAGCGCGCAGCGCAGCUAGGUCAAGCACCGCCCACAGCAUAUGGAGCAACGGGCAAGAAGGACGACGACGACGAUGAUGAGCGCUUCCAAGACCCCGAGAACGAAGUCGGGCUCUUCGCGAACGGCACAUACGACCGCGACGACGACGAGGCGGAUAGGAUAUACCAGGAUGUAGACGAGCGGAUGGACAGGCGGCGCAAAGCACGAAGGGAAGCACGCGAGCAGAAAGAACGGGAAGAAUACGAGCGUAACAACCCGAAGAUCCAGCAGCAAUUUGCCGACCUAAAACGAGCCCUCGGCAGUGUCACCGACGAAGACUGGGCGAACAUACCGGAGGUGGGCGAUUUGACGGGCAAGAACCGGAGGGCGAAGCAAGAGCUGAGGAAGAGGUUCUACGCUGUGCCGGACAGCGUCAUUGCGGGGGCGAGGGAUGCAACACAGUUCGAUACUAGCAUAUCCGCGGAUGGUCCAGAUGGCGCCGGUACAAGCGCAGACAAUGCGGAUGGCAACAUGACGAACUUCGCGCAUUUACAGGCGGCGAAGGACAAGGUGCUUCAAGUGCGGCUCGAUCAAGCAGCACAAGCACCAGGCAUGGACUCAGUCGCCGGUACUGCUACAAACAUCGAUCCGAAAGGCUAUCUCACCAGCCUGUCGAAAUCGGAGCUGAAAGCUGGCGAGGUGCCUGUUGGCGACAUCAACCGGGCCCGCGAGCUGCUCGAGUCGGUGGCAAGGAGCAACCCGAAGCAUGGUCCAGCGUGGAUCGCGCUGGCCAGGCUGGAGGAAUUCGCUGGCAAAAUUGUCAAGGCGAGGCAGAUCAUUGCGGAAGGAUGUGCUCGGUGCCCUACAAGUGAAGAUUGCUGGCUCGAGAAUAUCAGACUUAACGACAAUCACAAUGCCAAGGUCAUUGCAGCCAACGCGAUCAAGGCACUACCAAGAAGCACCAGACUUUGGACGACGGCGAUGAACCUCGAAACGGAUACAAGGGCGAAGAAGCGUGUUCUCAGACAAGCGCUUGAUCACAUACCGCAAUCAGUCCAACUAUGGCGCGAGGCGGUCAACCUAGAGGAGGAUCCUGCCGAUGCUCGCCUGCUACUGGCGAAAGCAACCGAGGUCAUUCCCCUUGCUACAGAACUUUGGCUUGCGCUAGCAAGACUGGAGACGCCAGAGAACGCGAGAGCUGUCCUCAACAAGGCCCGAAAAGCCGUGGGGGGUCAAGGGGAUUCUCAUCUGAUUUGGGUGGCUGCAUCUAGACUGGAAGAGGCGCUCGGGAAUACAGCCAUGGUGUACAAAGUCAUGGAGCGCGGUGUCAAGACCCUUGCCAGGGAGUCAGCUAUGUUGAAGCGAGAGGAGUGGAUCGCACAGGCCGAGAAGUGCGAAGAAGAAGGCGCCGUCAUCACGUGUGGAGCCAUCAUCAGGGAGACACUCGGCUGGGGCCUCGACGAGGACGAUGAUCGUAAGGACAUCUGGAUGGACGACGCAAAGGAUAGCAUAGCUCGAGGGAAGUACGAGACAGCACGAGCAAUCUACGCCUACGCGCUGCGCCUAUUCUACAACAAAAAAUCCGUAUGGCGAGCCGCAAUCGAUCUCGAGCGCAACCACGGCACCCGAGAAGCACUAUGGCAACUGCUCGAAAAAGCCGUAGAAGCCUGCCCACACGAAGACUUCUGGAUGGACCUCGCCAAAUCCAAAUGGCAAGCGGGCCAAACCGACGAAGCGCGCCGCGUCCUCAAGCGCGCCUUCGACAUGAGUUCGAGCGAAAACAUCUGGCUCUUCGCCGUGCAGAUGGAAGCCGACAACGGACAGAUCGACCGAGCGCGCCAGCUGCUGACCGCCGCGCUCGAAAAAGCGGGCACCGACCGCGUCUACGUCAAGUUCGUGGCGUUCGAGCGGCAGCAGGGUAACAUCGACGCCGCGCUUGACCUCGUGACCCGCGGCCUCGAGCUCUACCCGCACAAUGCGAAGCUCCAUAUGCAAAAAGGCCAGAUCUACGAGUCGCUGAACAAGCUCCCCGCCGCGCGCGAGGCCUACGCCGCCGGCAUCCGCGCCUGCCCGAAGUCAGUCCCGCUAUACCUGCUCGCAGCACGCCUGGAAGAGAAAGCCGGCGUGACGGUCAAGGCGCGCAGCAUCCUCGACCGCGCGCGAUUACAGGUGCCCAAGAACGCCGAGAUUCUAACCGAGCGCGUGCGGCUGGAGCGGCGGGCAGGGAACCUCCAAGCGGCGAACAACCUCAUGGCGCAGGCGCUCCAGGAGCUCCCGACCAGCGGCCUGCUGUACAGCGAGAAGAUCAUGCAUCUCGAGGCGCGCACGCACCGGAAGCCGCGCGCGCUGGAAGCCAUCAAGAGGGUGGAGAACGACGCCUACCUCUUCGUCACCAUCGCGCGCAUCUUCUGGGGCGAGCGCAGGCUCGAGAAGGCGAUGAGUUGGUUCGAGAAGGCGAUACUGCUGGACGCGGAUCUGGGCGAUACGUGGGCGUGGUACUACAAGUUUUUGCUGCAGCAUGGCACGGAUGAGAAGAGGGAGGAGGUUGUUGCUAAGUGUGUACUUGCGGAGCCGAGACAUGGCGAGGUUUGGCAGGCUGUCGCGAAGGAUCCGAAGAAUGCGGGGAAGGGGAGGGAGGAGAUUUUGAAGAUGGUGGUACAGAGGCUGGAGUAG